CACACUGGUCAUAUACAGUAUACUUGAGUAGAUAGUUGCGACACAGAAUAGUAAACAAUUGACAUAGUACAGUUUUGGUACAGUCACAGAUUUAGUUGAUUGUAUCAUGUGCGGUUAGGGAGGGUGAUAAGUUUUAGCCUAAUAUUUUAUUAAUAUUUAUUAAGUAUGUGAACUGAUAUAAAAAAGUGAAAAUGUGGACUAUGAAUAUUUAUAAAGUGUUUUAUGUUGUGGCUCACGCUAUCUUUACAAUUUUUGAAACGAUUUAUGGGACAACAAAUCAUUUCUAUGAUAAACUAUUUCUUAAGGAGCUUUUACCUUUUAAGGGCUAUUAUUUGCCGAGUGAUUCCAACAUACCGGUUAAAAAACCCAAACAUAUUACAGUACUUCUCGGUCUUGAAGAGCCGGACAUCAAAGACUUGGCCAAACUCAUUUUCUGGUGCAUAACCACUCAAAUAUCUUUUAUCAGUUUUUAUGAUUACAAAGGUAACUUAAAAAAACAUGAGCAAGAUUUGCAGUAUGAAGUCAGUUUGUAUAGGCACAAAGAUCACCACAUUGUCUGGCACAGUAAUCCUAAAACUGUUCAUAAAAAUGGGUUUGUAGGAAAAACAACCCACGUCAAAAUAUUAACAGACUUUGAGGGUAAAGGGAGUGUUGUGAACCUUACAAAGCAGAUAGUUUCAUCAAGAAGUAAGGUGGAUAUUAGUGUAUGUUCAGUUAAUGAAACUCUAUUAAAACUGUUUGAAUUUCCUGAUCCUGAUAUGGGGAUAGUUUGCGGCAAAACAUUCAGGUUUUUCAAUUAUCCUCCAUGGCAGAUUAGACUAACUGAAUUUUUCAGACUGGAAACUAUCCGAGGUAUUAGGUUUCCACAAUUUUCAAAACUUCUAAGGAAGUUCAGUAAAUGUGAGCAAAGAUUAGGUAAAUAAUUGUAAAUGAAAAUAAAAUAUUGCAUCAUCC